GGGGCUGGCGAGGGGCAGCCCUGCCGCGCAGAGGCAGCUCCCGCGGGGCAGGAAUGAUGAGCCUGGUCUCGGCGCCCGGCUCCAGGCCACUUGGCCGGGCGGCGCCCCCAGCGGCUCCGCGGAGGGAAUCUCCUGUGGUGGAGCUCAAUGUCGGGGGUGAGUUCUAUACCACCACCUUGGGCACCCUGAGAAAAAUCCCGGGCUCAAAGCUGGCGGAGAUGUUCUCCAGCUCAGCCAAGGCCUGCACAGACGCAGAGGGACGCUUCUUCAUCGAUCGCCCUGGCACCUAUUUUGGACCCAUCCUGGAAUAUCUGCGCAGCGGGCAGCUGCCCAGGCAGCAUAUCCCCGAGGUGUACCGUGAGGCUCAGUACUACGAAAUUGAGCCUUUGGUCAAACUCCUGGAGGACAUGCCACAGAUUUUUGGUGAGCAGGUGGCUCGGAAGCAGUUCUUGCUGCGGGUGCCAGGCUACAGCGAGAACCUGCAGCUCAUGGUACGCCUGGCACGUGCGGAGGCCGUGGCGGCACGCUAUUCGGAAGUGCUGGUGUGCGUGGUGCACAACGAAAAGGAUGACGCAAACUGUGCGGACACCCUUCGCCUCCUGGAAGCGGACAAGAGGUCAGUGGUCAAGUUUGGGCCUUGGAAGGCAGCCCCGACCAUUGAUCACCUCCUGGACUGCGUGAAGAUGGAUAUUAAGGCCCAAGGGUACCAGGUACAGUGUUCAAAGCACCCUGGAUUGCCGGCCAAUUACUUCUAUUCCUUCUGCUUCACCUGGUGGUGAUCCCCAGGAGAGGGGGCUGUCUGUAUGGGCUCUAGUUGCCCUCCGCGGCCAUCAUCCUUUAAUUUCAAAAACAAACAUCGGAAACUUCCAACGUGGUCUACUUGCGUCUCGCCCCUGAAUAUUUAUUUCCGCUUUAAAGACUUUUCACUCAUUGCUGUUGACUCUAUUAUUCCCUCUUUAAAGCCUCCCGUCCCUGCCAGGCCCUUCCCUCGAAGGCCAGUGGCCAGGUGGAGAUGAUCUGGAGUGUCUGAACAAUGCCACGGCUGGAGAUGCAGUUUGACAACAGGAAAAUAACAGGAUGCCAUGAAUCUAGAGUCAGACCUAAAAAUGUAAUUUAACCAGCUGCCGCUUGUGGUCCAGUCUUCUAGCCCUGGUGUGUGCCUUCCUGAGGAAAACUGCCACCUUAUGUCUGGAGUAGAUGCCGCUCAGGUCUCCUUUCCCUGAUGCUGUCAGUGCUGGCUGCUAAAGCGUCCUAUCUAGAGCAGCAGUUCUCCAAGUGUGGUCCCAAGACCAUCAGCAUCCUCAACAGGUGGGAACUUGUUAGAAAUACAAAUUCUCUAGCCCCUACCUCAGACUUAGGGAAUCAGAAACUCUGGGAGCUGGCCCCGCGGUCUGUUUUAACAAAGCCUCCUAUUUUUUUUUUUUUUUUUGGUCUUUUUGCCAUUUCUUGGGCCUCUCCCGCGGCAUACAGAGGUUCCCAGGCUAGGAGUCGAAUCAGAGCUGCAGCCACCAGCCUAUACCAGAGCCACAGCAACAUGGGAUCCGAGCUGUGUCUGCAACCUACACCACAGCUCACAGCAACACGGGAUCCUCAACCCACUGAGCAAGGGCAGGGACCGAACCCGCAACCUCAUGGUUCCUAGUCGGAUUCGUUAACCACUGCGCCAUGACGGGAACUCCCAAGCCUCCUAAUUCUGAUGCCCUUUAAUUUUGAGACCUGCUCUAGAAAUGCAUGACCGUGUCACUUGUGUGGAAAUACAGAAGACUAAGCUCUUAUUGUCUCAAGGAGGAACCAGCUGAUACAGUUUCUGUCUAGACCUCCUUGUGGGGUUAGGCUGAAGUCAAAGUGAGUCUUCAUUGAACACGUCGUUCUUACUUAAUGGUCUUCCUCUGCUUCCCCUGCUUCCCUCACUCUCCUUCCUCUGAGAACACACCCUCCAUAAACCACGGAAACAAGAGACUCUCAGGUUCUGCUUCUCAAGCAAAGACAUGAAGCAACUCUAAGGAUGACACGUUCAUCUUUCCUAAGUUCAGGUCUGGGGUACAUGGCCCCCUUCCCCACCUAGUAGGAUGACCAGCUAUUCUGGGUUCGCUAGGACUGAAGGUGAGGUAUAAAUGUCAGUCUUUGAGGAAUUAGUACUGAAUCAGGGAAUUUCAAAUUUAAACGUCAAAUUGUAGGCAACGAAGUCAUUUUCAAUGAGUGUUUUAAUUCAGUAAUUGCAUCUACUUUUUUUUUUCCUUAUUUUCAAAGCUUGUUCUAUGUUUUCUUUUUUUUGGAAAAUUAAAGUGGAGAAAUUCUGAA